CUGUGAUGACGACCCCACGCUAUGCGAACAAUUUGAAGCAAUGAGCACUCCCUCUGAUAUAAACCCUCAAGCCAUCGUAUUCGCUUGAGCUUGUGAUGGUUAUAUCUUACUAAAUAUUGACAGCUCGAUUCGGGAUCAAAAUGAGUCAGUUCACAGAAGAGCAAAUAUCAGAGUUCCGGGAGGCCUUCAGCCUGUUUGACCGUGAUGGCGACGGGAAGAUUACGUCGAAGGAGCUAGGGGUGACCAUCCGGUCGCUUGGGGGCGCUAUCACAGACGCCGAACUCCAGGUGAUGACGGAUGAGGUGGACCAAACCAAGAAAGGCCUGCUUGACUUCCCUGACUUCUUGACAUAUAUGGCUCGAGCCUUGAAGGGACAAGAGUCUGAAGAAGAGCUGCUGGAGGCUUUUGCUGUAUUCGACAAGGACCAGAACGGCUACAUCAGCGCCGCGGAGCUCCGCCACGUGAUGACCAACCUGGGUGAACGACUCACAGACGACGAGGUGGAGGAGAUGAUCAGGGAGGCAGACAUGGACGGCAACGGCCUGAUCAAAUAUCAAUAUCAAAUAUUGUGGUGUCUCGUGGUGGCGCGAAUGUCAGAAAAACAAAAGGCAGAGUACCAGGAAGCGUUUGAUCUGUUCGACAAGGACGGUGACGGCACCAUCACCACGGCGGAACUCGGCGACGUCAUACGCAGCUUGGGUGGCGAGGUGACGGAGAGUCAACUGGCAGAUAUUGUGAAAGAGGUUGACACCAAUAAAAACGGCAAAAUUGAGUUUAUCGAGUUUGCAACGAUGAUGGCUGACACGGUGGAAGAACAGCAGUCGGACAGUGAAAUGUUGAGGGCAUUUAAAGUGUUUGAUAAAGACAAUAACGGCUUCAUCAGUAAAUCCGAGCUCCGGCAGGUCAUGGUGUCUUUGGAGGGUCACAAGGUCACCGAGCAGGAAAUCAACGAGAUGAUCAUUGAGGCGGACGUGGACGGUGACGGCAGGAUCAACUACGAAGAAUUUGUGCGGAUGAUUACAGAGCAGAUGACACAAGAACAGAUUUCAGAAUUCAAGGAGGCGUUCGGUCUUUUUGACAAGGAUGGUGAUGGGAGUAUAACGACCAGCGAGUUGGGGACGGUAAUGAGGUCCCUAGGGCAGGAACCUUCACAGACAGAGCUGCAGAACAUGAUCAAAGAAAUAGAUGUUGAUGGUAACGGAUUAAUAGAAUUUCCUGAAUUUCUUGCCAUGAUGGCCAAACGUAUGAAAUCUGACGCCGAUGACGAGAUGAGGGAGGCAUUCCGAGUGUUCGACAAGGACGGCAACGGUUUCAUCAGUGCAGCUGAGUUGAGGCAUGUCAUGACAAACUUGGGCGAGAAGUUGACAGACGAGGAAGUAGAUGACAUGAUCAAAGAGGCAGACACCAAUGGCGAUGGACAAGUAGAUUAUGACGAAUUCGUGAGGAUGAUGAAGAACCAGUAAUGUUCUGAGGGAAGGUCUUCAUACCAGCUUAUAUAAUCCACUUGUUUCAUAUUUGUGGGUCUAUAUUUCUGGGUCUCGUACACCUUCCAGUAACAACAAACAAGUGAUGUGGAAUCAAGUAUGAGUUAUACGGAACAUGCACAUACUACCAUUUCAUCAUAUAAUGGAUAGCGUGAAAUCGCCCUUUCCCUUCUGAAGAAGUUACUCAAGACUAUCCAAC